GCAGUCUCUUAGUCUUAACUCGAGUCUUCAUCAGUUCUUCUUGCCUCCAAAGCUCCACUAAUCAUAAACUAAUCAAAUUAAUUGAAUCAGUUAAUCAAAACUAUCAAAAACAAAACUCUCCAGGAUCUCUCUCUCUCUCUCUCUCUCUCUCUCUCUCUCCUUUGGUCCCUUGUAUCACUCUCUCGCUCUGAUGAACAGAUGGCAAUGGAGGAGUUUGCUUCAAAUUUAGGGCAAGUAGACGGAAAUGGAGAUUAAAGGGGUGAUAGCUGGGUGUCAAUGGGGAAAGUUGAAGAAGAGCAAGCGCUGCAUUCGACUGUAAUCGUAGGAAUUCCAGAUGAAAAUGCGGGGAAUCGAUGUGAGAUCAGCAAAUUUGUUCGAUUCAGAUGUGUUAUCGUGCUCCUGUUCGGUGUAGCAGUGUUGUUAUCGGGGAUAUUUUCGUUGCCGCCGUUCUUCCGAUACGGGAAACAAGGGGAUCUGGAUCUAGACGCGCAAAUUAGAGCAUAUGAUGUAGUUGCAGCAUUUAAAUUGCAAAAGCCAGUUUCUCUGCUAAAGGCAAAUAUUCUGGAGCUUGAGUCGAACAUUGUUGAUGAGAUAGGUGUUGCCAACUCUACGGUGGUUGUUAUAUCUCUGGAACCCUCAGCUUGGCCAAAUUCAACGGAUGUGGUGUUUGCAGUAGUUCCAUACUCAAAAAUAUUGAAUAUAUCUUCAACUGCUCUCAGUUUACUUAGAUCCGGUUUUGAAGCAUUGGUUAUUCAGCAAACAUAUCUCCAUUUGAACUCAUCACUGUUUGGUGAUCCAUUCUUCUUUGAAGUGCUAAAAUUUCGAGGUGGAAUUACAAUUGCCCCUCCACAGAGUGCAUUUCUACUGAUGAAAGCUGAGAUAUUUUUCAAUUUCACCUUGAACUUCUCUAUUUAUCAAAUACAAGAAAAUUUCAUUGAAUUAAAGAACCAGCUGAAGUCAGGGUUGCAUCUAACUUCACAUGAGAACUUGUAUCUGAGCUUGACAAAUAUGCAAGGCUCAACAGUUGAUCCCCCCACUACUGUUAAGGCAUCUGUCCUGCCAGCAGUUGGGAAUCUUCCACUGCCAAGGUCAAGGUUGAAGCAACUGGCACAAGCUAUCACAGGUUCUCCUGCAAGAAACCUUGGUCUCAAUAAUACUGUAUUUGGUCGAGUUAAGCAGGUUCGUCUCUCAUCAAUUCUGGAACACUCCCUCAAUGGUACUGGUGGCAAUAAUGGUGUGUCUUCAUCUCCUAGUCCCGCUCCUCUACCUCACCAUCACCACCACCACCACCACCACCACCACCACCACCACCAUCAUCACCAUCACCAUCACCAUCAUGCUCAGAUUCAGAAUCAUCAUCAAGAUAUCCAUCAGGCUCCUACACCUGCAGCUGCACCCGGUAAUGGGCACCAGGUGAAGCCCCCCUCUGGUUGCCAAGGAUCUAUUACCAGGGCCAAAAGGCAGUCACAUUUAGUUCCUACUACUGCACCGAUGGUUCCUCCUCCCGGUUCUGCUUCGCCACCAGAUUUGCAUGUAGGCUCUCCUGCACCAACCUUGCAUCAGCUUCGUGGAUCUUCUCCUUUGCCAGCUGUGAUUUUUGCACAUAUUCAUCCUCCAAGCAAGAGCAUAGUAGAUGUAGAGCCGCCUGAUAUAACCCCAUCUAUUUCACCAUUGCCACCUUCGUCUUCUGCAGGUCUUCUUCCUCCUGUCGAAUUAGCAAUCGUACUGCUGUUAUUGGUAGUAUGUCUUUUCUGACAGAGAAAGGGAAAUGUGUUCUUUUUUUUCCUCGGCAAAGUCGUCUCCAGUUUCCGACGGACAAAAAUGGCACGUCGGACCUGGGCAUUUCAAGUGGAAAAGAAGCUGGAGGAGCUCCGCAAGUAGGAGCUGCGUGAAGAAUGUGCCCAGACAUUGGAGUCAAUGGAGUGAGUAUAUUUUGUUUUCUGUGUAAAUAUUGAUAUAAUCAAGUCAGCAGAUGUGUUUCAGGUCAAAGCCACAGAGGUGGCAGGCCCUUGGUAACAUGUAUUACUGCUGGUCUGCUGUAUGUGUAUGACUGUUCAAAAAAUCCAAGGAAAAGAAGUGAUCUUUUGCCACGAGAAACCAAA